UAGAUGGCAGCAGCCACAAAUAAACAAUGGAAACCUUAAGCCGGUCAUAGAAAUAAGUUCCCGAUUCAGAUUCACGAACGAAAGAAGAAUUAAACUAGUUUAAGAUGUCCAAUACAACUAUUUCUUGGAUUUGCAAUGAAUUGUCUCGUCUCUUGGAAUUUUCCGUGACUCAAGAAGAAUAUCAGGACAUUGCACAGUAUCUGAUAUCGAUGGAGAGCAGUCGCGAUGUUGAAGACUACUUGCAGUCAAUGCUUGACUUGUCAAAUCCUGAACAUCGUCGAUUUGUUGAAGUUCUUUUGAACCGUUUGGGUUAUUCCAUUGAAAAGAAGUCUCCCACAACAACCCAAACUGGGUCGAAAAAAGGCCAACAGGUCGGCAAGGAAGACAUUUCAAACAAGCAGCAAUCAAAGAAAAGGGUGAAGCAAAUCAACCUGUUUUCUAAAGAGGGACAAGCGAAAGAAACAAUCACACUACCAGGACAACAUAAGUGUGAAUGUCAGGCAUCAAAGCAUAGUCUUGUCAGAAACUGCUUAGAGUGUGGGAGAGUGAUUUGUGCCCAGGAAGGACCAGGACCAUGUGUGUUUUGUACUGAAAAUAUGUCAGCCUGUGAGAAAGAAGCACUACUUCAAUCCAACAAUGCACCAGCACAGCGUACAAAACAAUCUGGUAGAAGAUUUCUGGAUGGAACUGCUCCACUUCCUGAUAAGGCAUUCACAACAGCCAUGGCUCACAAAGAAAAGCUUUUGGAAUUCGAUAGGACAAGUGAACACCGAACUCGAGUUAUCGAUGACGAAUCCGACUAUUUCAACGCCGAUAGCAACAAGUGGUUGAACCCGAAACAGCGGGACGCCCUUCGAACCAAAGAAAAGGAACUGCGGGACAGUCGUCACGGAUCCAGGAGACAAAUCAAAGUCACGCUUGAUUUUGCAGGGCGACAGGUGAUUGAAGAGCAAAGUACUUAUGAAGAACUAUUCACCGAGCAGCAAUUUGAAGAAGAAAGAAAGGAAUACUAUGACGAGUACGCCGUGAAUCCCGCACUGGCAUUCCCACGUCCCAUCUACGAUUCUGCUUUCGAUGAAAAUGCAUCGCAAGUUACUCGAUCGACUAGUAGCAAGAGCGAUGAAAAAGUUCGCGUUCAAGACGCUGAACUUCAAAAAAUGAGCGAUCCUGGAAAAUGUCUGAGCAUGCAUCAACCAUAUGCUUCUCUAUUGGUCGCCGGAAUUAAAAAACACGAAGGUCGGACGUGGUACUCAUCGCAUCGCGGUAGAUUGUGGAUCGCGUCCACCGUUAAAGAGCCUUUGCCCGAGGAGAUAAAACAACUGGAAAAUUUCUACAAGACGCUUUACGGCAAAACCGAUUUGGCUUUCCCUCAAAAUUAUCCAUCCGGUUGCCUGUUGGGCUGCGUUGAAGUGGUGGACGUUUUGCCACAGGAAGAGUAUAGGAUUCAGCAUCCUAAUGGAGAAAGCGAAUCGCCGUACGUCUUUGUCUGCGAGAAUCCUCACGAAUUAUUUGUUAAAUUUCCCAACAAAGGCCAACACAAAAUCUAUAAACUGGAUCCUGCAGUCCAUCAGACUGCCAAAAAAUCGUUGCGGUUUUGAUGUUCCAGUUAAAAGUACCGUGAUAAAUUGCUGUUAUAAAAAUUUAUUUGUGAAAUAGAUUUUUUGCGGCAUCUACCUCAAGUUCAUUGACUAAUAACCAGUCCAAAAACAACAACAAUAUUCAAGAAGCAGACAGCACUUACAGAGCAUUGAAUCACUGUUGCUUUUGCGGUAUUUUACUCGAUCCGAAAAAUUUAACUGUGAACGUUAACACACAGAGUAUCACUGUCUGGUGUAAUAAUUGUCGAAAAACGAACGCUUUGGGCAAAAUACGUCACGAUAAAGGAAAGGAGGAAAAAAGAAAAAUGUGAAGUACGCCCCACCAUCAGACCGUCCAAUCACAAAUCUAAUUUUCUAAAUUGAAAUCGAGAUCUUUACUACUACAUUGCGACUAUAUAGGCCUACAGUCAAGGCUCCAAUUGUUAUUUCCUCAUUUCUCGUGCUAUUAAAUGUGUGUAUUUUUUUAAAGAAAAAUGUCGAUGUUCGAUUAAUACAAUUCGCCUUCUA